CUCCGAGCUCGCCCCGUCCGCCUUUCUUUCUCCCUUUUUUCUCUCCCCUUUUCCUUUUCCUCCCUUCCAAGAUGGCCGAAGUGGGUUCCCCCUUUUAACGAUUUGGCGUCUCCUCGACCACCACCUCUUUGUGCUGCAGCCCCCCUAGACCCUGCUCCCUAGGUAGCGAGGGGGAGGGUCCGAGGCAACCGCGGGGCUUUGGGGCUCCGCGCUGGGGCGGAUCUCUGCCCCCCUAGCCCUCCCCACGAGUUAGAGCAGCCCCUGACUCUCCCCCAGUACUCCUUUCGGUCUGGGGAGGGGUCACUCUCGGUUUCUUCCGUGGGCACUGAGGCGUCGUGGACGCGCGAGGACUUCGAAGCCGGGAGGAAGGGGACGAGCUUUUCGAUCGUUGCGGGGUCGGAGGAGGGCGCUCUUCCCUGCUGGGCGCCGUCCUCUCGGGCACCUCCCCCAGUCGCUCCCUUUUCCCCCCAAUCCCGGGACUGGGCGCCCCGCCCCCUCCCCGAACCACCUCAGCGGAGCCUCUUUCUCCGGAACACCCCUCCUUGGGGCCCCGCUGAAAGUUUGGCUCUAGGGAAGGGUGACGCCCCCCCACCCCAGCACCAUGCAUCGGACCACACGGAUCAAAAUUACCGAGCUGAACCCUCACCUCAUGUGUGCCCUCUGCGGGGGGUACUUCAUAGAUGCCACUACCAUCGUGGAAUGCUUACAUUCCUUCUGCAAAACCUGCAUCGUGCGCUACCUGGAGACCAACAAGUACUGCCCCAUGUGCGAUGUGCAGGUCCAUAAAACCCGGCCGCUGCUGAGCAUCAGAUCUGACAAAACCCUUCAAGACAUUGUCUACAAAUUGGUCCCUGGGCUUUUUAAAGAUGAGAUGAAACGGCGGCGGGAUUUCUAUGCAGCCUACCCCCUGACAGAAGCUAAGCCUUCCCAGCUCGCUCCUUCUGCAGUCCCCAACGGCUCCAAUGAGGACCGUGGUGAGGUUCUGGAGCAGGAGAAAGGGGCUCUGAGCGAUGACGAGAUCGUCAGCCUCUCCAUCGAGUUCUACGAAGGUGUCAGAGACCGGGAAGAGAAGAAGGGCCCCUUGGAGAAUGGGGAUGGUGACAAGGAGAAGCAGACAGGUGUGCGCUUCCUGCGAUGCCCAGCAGCCAUGACUGUCAUGCAUCUUGCCAAGUUUCUCCGCAACAAGAUGGAUGUGCCCAGCAAGUACAAGGUUGAGGUUCUCUAUGAGGAUGAGCCGCUGAAGGAAUACUACACCCUCAUGGACAUUGCCUACAUCUACCCCUGGCGGCGGAAUGGCCCUCUCCCCCUCAAGUAUCGCGUCCAGCCAGCCUGCAAGCGACUCACCUUGCCCACAGCACCCACCCCCUCCGAGGGCACCAACACCAGCGGGGCAUCCGAGUGUGAGUCAGUCAGUGACAAGGCUCCCAGCCCUGCCACCCUGCCGGCCACCUCCUCUUCCCUACCCAGCCCAGCCACCCCCUCCCAUGGCUCUCCCAGCUCUCAUGGCCCCUCGGCCCCCCACCCCACCUCCCCAACUCCCCCUGUGACAGCCGGGGGGGCCACUGCAGCUGCCAACGGGGGCACCUCAAACUGCCUGCAGACACCAUCCUCCACCAGCAGGGGGCGCAAGAUGACUGUCAACGGAGCUCCUGUGCCCCCCUUAACUUGAGGAAAGGGACCCUCUCCCUCUUUUUCCAGCCAUGCCUCUCCACCCCUCCACUUUUUCUGGGCUCCCUUUUCCACCUCUUCUAUUUUCCCCAGCUCCUCCCACCUUAGGGGUGGGGGAUGGGUUUUAUAAAUAAAUCUAUAUAUAUAUGUACAUAGGAAAAACCAAAUAUACAUACUUAUUUUUUAUGGACCAACCAGAUUAAUUUAAAUGCCACAGGAAACAAACUUUAUGUGUGUGUGUAUGUGUGGGGGGUGGGGUGUUCAUUUUUAAGGGGUCUUGUGGAAUUCUCUCUGCUCUUUUUGGGGGUGCCUAGAGGUGGAAUUGGAGGGGCCACUUGAGGCCCAGUAUCACUCCGCCCCAUCCUCCUCCUGUCCCAAGACAUAUGGGGUGCUGAGGGGCCCCCACCAACCCCCAAAGCUUUAGGCACAACUCUAAUUGGCUGUGUAUGGGGCCCACUCUGUUUCUUUCCCCCUCUUGGCUGCUGUCCUACCCUUACCCUGACCAGUGCCCUCCCCCCCCCAUUGUUGAAUGUUCAGAGAAUAGCAAAGACAGUGCCUUUUACAAAUGCAGCCUAUCCCCUGGUUUUGAGGAGCAAGUGGACAGUGGAGAGGGCAUCUCCCUUACCUCCUCCUCGUGCAGUGGAAACUUUGUAUAAAAAAUAGAUAGUUUUGCCUCCCCACUCCCCUCGCCCCCAACGCCAUGUGUGUGGCCUUUGCAUCAUUUAUCUCGUGGAAAAGAAGAUUCAGGCCACAGGAGGCCUCAGCCCUUGAACUUCCCCUGUGGGGUUAACAUCGUGAACCGCCUCACUCCUACCCCUCUGCCACCCAGAAGCCUGCACUAGCAAGGCUGCUGGGGCAGUCUCUUUGGGGGCUAGAGUGGACAGGUGGAAGCGGGGUGACCUCAGAUAAGCACAGACCCCAGAUGUGGCCAAAGGCAAGCAGUCCUCCAGUCCCCUCCCCACCCGCAGCUGCGGCCAAGUCAGGAAAGAGCGACAGAGACAUCUAAAAGCACAAGACAGGCCAGUAAGGUCUGAGCUCUGCUCCAUCCUGGAGUCAAGUGGUCCACCCCCAAGGGGUAGAUCCCCUGCCCACCUGUCUUUCCUCCAGUGUACAUAGAUCCGAUCGGGGAGGGGAAGAGGCAGCACUCCCUCACAGCUACGUGUCUGGGGCCGGGCAUCCCCCGUGGGUUUGUCUGUGUUCGCACCUUGUCCUGUGUCUGAGGUGCUGUGGCUGUACCCUUCUCCCCUGGGGUGUUUGUAUCUCCUGGCUUUGUAAUAAAUGCUGCAUACUCUC